AUGACCAAACCAUUGUUCUUGCGUAUUGUGCAUCGUCUUGCAACAGAAGUAGAGUAUUUUCAACAAUGCGAAGAUGCUGUCGGACGGGCUAGUCUAUCUCCGCUCCAAAAAUGUACCGCUGCAAUUCGUCAAUUGGCGUAUGGUGGUGGGUCUGAUACAGUUGACGAGUAUGUACGAAUUGGUGAAACUACAGCUCGGAAAUGUUUGUAUCAAUUUACCGCCGGAAUUGUCCAGUUGUUUGGCGAUGAAUAUCUUAGACGUCCCACCCCGGAGGAUCUGGAAAGACUACUCCAUAUUGGAGAAGAACGUGGAUUUCCAGGGAUGGUUGGAAGUAUCGAUUGCAUGCAUUGGCAGUGGAAGAAUUGCCCCACCGCUUGGAAAGGUAUGUAUUCACGAGGAACCGGAAAACCAACAAUUGUGUUGGAGGCGGUAGCUUCACAGGACCUCUGGAUAUGGCACGCGUUUUUUGGAGCUCCAGGUACUAUGAACGAUCUUAAUAUUCUUGACCGUUCACAUGUUUUUGAUGAAAUUAUAAACGGAAACGCUCCGGAAGUCAAUUUCAAUGUCAACGGAACUGAGUACCAUUUGGGUUACUAUCUGGCGGAUGGUAUUUAUCCCAAAUGGGCUACUUUUAUUCAAUCUAUCCGACUCCCGCAAGGUCCAAAAAAUAGCUUAUUUGCUCAAAAACAAGAAGCCGUGCGAAAAGAUGUUGAGCGCGCCUUCGGAGUUCUGCAAGCAAGAUUCGCAGUUUUGCAAAGUGUGGCUAGUCAAUCGAAGGAUAUUGAAUGA